UGUCUUUUUGAAGUGUACUGUUCAAGCUGCAAGUCAUUUGUGUUACAAUGACAUGUUUGCACAGGCAUAUUGAUUUUGACAAUGUAUAUUGUUCAAGCCAUACACGCUGUUAUAAAUGCUCAUACUUGAAUUCUUAUUGUUUACAAUACAUUUUUAUAAACCUAAUGUCUAGACUGCAUGUACAAUUGUUAAAUAUAUCAAAUUGAAUGCUGGUAACUAAAUCAACAAGAAACUGUUAAUCUGUAUUUCAUGCAUUGAUUCAGAUUUUCAAAUUAUACAACAGUCCGCUUGGGCGACUUUAUCGUCAUUUAUCGUUAUCGAGGUAAAUCUGCUCCAUUUAUCGUGAUACGUAUUUAAGGCCAUAUCGCCCACCCCUAGUCUGGCGUGCCACGAAAGAUGCGCAUGCUGAAAAGCACCUCGCUAGUGGCUAUCGCUACACCUUGUCCAAUGCAGAUUCUUGACUCUUGACAAGGUGAUGAUGCUGGAAUUUUGGUUUGGUGGUGUUCCAGUGAGAUUUACAAAGAUGACUGCCUGAAAAAGAUAUCAAAAUUCCCUCAGUCUUUGAUGAUAUGGGGCUGCAUGUCAGGCAAAGGCACUGACUGGGGAGAUGACUGUGGUUAAAUCUUCAAUAAAUGCACAAGUUUACAUUAAAAUUUUGGACGGCUUUCUUAUCCCUUCAAUUGAAAAUAUGUUUGUCAUUUUCCAAGAUGACAAUGCAUCACGCCACAGAGCUAAAACUGUCAAAGCAUUCCUUGUAGAAAGACUCAUCCAGUCAAUGUCAUGGCCUGCAAAUAGCCUAGAUCUCAACACUCUUAAAAACCUGUAGUGGAAAUAGGAAAAAAAUGGUCCCGACCUGCAAGGAUGAUCUGGCAACUGAAAUCAAAGAGAGUUGGCACCAAAUUGAUGAAGAAUACUCAUCAAGUCCAUGUCUCAGAGACUGCAAGCUGUCAUAAAAGCCAGAGGUGGCGCUACUAAAUACUAGAGAUGUGUUUUGAUUGUUAUUUCUUUGUUUGUUUCUCAUGAUUCCAUAUGUUUUCCUCAGAAUGAAAUGACUCCAUAUAUAUUUCCCUGCACUUGCUCUAUAAAAUUAACAAGUACUGACCAACACGAUGUUUUUUUAUUCAUUUCUUUUAGUAUUUUUGAAUGCUAAAGAGUUGCACUUUUGAACUACCGUAUUGGCCCGAAUAUAAGACGGUGUUUUUUGCAUUGAUAUAAUACAGAAAAAGUUGGGGUUGUCUUAUAUUCGCGGUUAGACGUUAUACCCAUUCACGGCGCUAGAUGGCGCCAGAUAUCAUUGACGCGAUGUUCUGUCAUGACAGAUCUCAGCUACUCUCAAGUUUAACCAGUUUGCAUUAUUGCAAUGUUUUCCUUAUUCAGUUACAGUUAGACUUCACUUUGAUGGUUAUUGCAGUUAUUGCAAUCUUGUUGUUUUAUCACAAUAGAUUGGUUUAUUUACAUUUCAAAAACCAGAAGCCAUUCAUUUACGAAUGUGAUUGCACUUUAGUUUACAUAUUUAAAUGUUCAGAUAUUAAGAUUUGAAUGAGGCAAAAUAACAUGCUUUUUCUCUCAAAUAUAUUGUUAUAAUCAUUUGUUUCAGAUGUACUGUAAAUAUUUUCUGUAUAAAAAUUAAUCUGGUGUUCAAAAAGUCUUUUUUCAAACUUGAGUCUUGAAAAAGAGGGGGUCGUCUUAUAAUCAGGGCCAUCUUAUAUUCGUGCCAAUACGGUAAUAAAAAUCAUUUUGGUGGUCAUUAAAUGUUACUUUUAUAGAGCAAGUGCAGGGAAAUCAUCAUCACCUUGUCAAGAGUCAAGAAUCUGCUUUGGACAAGGUGAUGAUGCGGAAACUUUUGUUUGGUGCUGUUCCAGUGAGGUUUACAAAGAUGACUGCCUGAGGAAAACAUGAAAAUUUCCUCAGUCCUUGAUGAUAUGGGACUGCAUGUCAGGCAAAGGCACUGGGGAGAUGGCUGUGGUUAAAUCUUCAAUAAAUGCACACGUUUACAUUGACAUUUUAGACAGCUUUCUUAUCCCUUCAAUUGAAAAUGUCAUUUUCCAAGAUGACAAUAAAUAAUGCAACAGACCUAAAACUGUUAAAGCAUUCCUUGGAGAAAAACUCAUUCAGUUAAUGUCAUGGCAUUUGAAUAGUAUAGAUCUCAACCCUAUUGAAAACCUGUGGUGGAAAUAAAAAAAAAAAAAAAAAAAAAAACAAGGUCCACAGCAGGGCUCUGGCCUGCAAGGAUGAUCUGGCGACUGCAAUCAAAGAGUGUUGGCACCAAAUUGAUGAAGAAUACUCAUCAAGUCCAUGCCUCAGAGAAUGCCAGCUGUCAUAAAAGCCAGAGGUUGUGCCACUAAAUACUAGAGAUGCGUUUUGAUUGUUAUUUCUUUGUUUGUUUCUAAUGAUUCCAUAUUUUUUUCUUCAGAAUAGAGUGAUUCCAUAUAUAUUUCCCCGCACUUGCUCUAUAAAAGUAACAUUUACUGACCACCACAAUGUUUUUUAUUCAUUUCUUUUAGUGUUUCUGAACGCUAAAGAGUUGCACUUUUGAACUAAUUGAUUAUUUUUUUCAAGCCUUUUAUCUGAGUUUGCUCUACAUGAUAAAAUGUCUGAGUAAGUGCUCGUCCCAGACUGGUGAUUCCAUACUUUUUGCAAGGGGUUCUAAAAGUUUCAAUCUUGACUUGGUCUCAGAAAUUUCUGGUUUCAAGCACAACGCUACUUGGGUCUCUCAAGAGUGGUCGGUCUGAAAAAUUGCACAUGAGUUCCCGUGACCAAAAUUUCCAAAUUUGUCCAAAGGUUCAAAUAUAGUAGUGGUCAGAACCAGGAGAAGUCUGCUCUCCAAGAGUCAUCUGAUCAUUAAGCUGCACGAUGGCUGUGGUCAGAGUAAAUAAGCAGUGUUGUAGAAUGUCAACAUGACCAGGCGGCCUAUUUCACAGCACCCACUGUUGACAUAACUGCUCUCUUAUCUGGGGAGUGCAAAGCCCGACCCCACAAUAGUAAAACCCUGCCAGAACAAAUACACUAAGAAAAACCAAUACAUGUUACGUGCACCGUAAGGGAAUGCAUUUAAUGUGAGUCUGUAAGGAAUAUCCAAUCAAGCCUGGGACAGUUUAGGGUCGUUUUGGUCAUCUGGGUGAAGCUCCUACUCCUGUUAAAGCGAAAGCCGUGUUCAAGUACUUGUGUCAAACGCUUAUAUUUCAGUGUCAAAACAUGUCAGCGGAUGCUCUUGCGCUCAUCACCCUGUUAUUAACUCCUCUUUAUUCAUUCUUUUUCGCGCCCUCUGCCUCAGAAUUGUUUCCUCUAACUGGAUUGUUUGCGUUGCGAUAACCUGCUGAAAGCUGCUGCCACUCACUGGAAACUCGCUGCUUCUUUUUGGCCAGUUGCCUUACUCACAUGAACCUUUUCAUCUUAUAAUACAUUGCUGGCCAAAGGUAUUGGCACCCCUGCAAUUCUGUCAGAUAAUGCUCAAUUUCUCCCAGAAAAUGAUUGCAAUUACAAAUGCUUUGGUAGCAAUAUCUUCAUUUAUUUUGCUUGCAAUGAAAAAAAAAAUCAUUAUCAUUUUACACAAAACUGCCAAAAUGGGUCCGACAAAAGUAUUGGCACCCUCAGCUUAAAAAAAUUUUAAGCUGUAAUUAACGCGAUUAAAAUUUUUAAUAGUUUGACAGCCCUAACAUAGAGUUAACAGGAGAAAAAUGAGGUCUUCAAAGAAAAGAACAGGUCCCCACAGUCAAACAUGGCGGAGGUUCCCUGAUGUUUUGGGGUUGCUAUGCUGCCUCUGGCACUGGACUGCUUGACCGUGUGCAUGGCAUUAUGAAGUCUGACGACUACCAACAAAUUUUGCAGCUUAUUGUGAGAAAACUGGGUCUCCCUCAGAGGUCGUGGGUCUUCUAGCAGGACAAUGACCCAAAACACAAUUCUAAAAGCACUAGAAAAUGGUUUGAGAAGAAGCACUGGAUACUUUAAAGUGGCCAGACCUGAAUCCCAUAGAACACCUAUGGAGAGAUCUGAAAAUGGCACCCUUCAAAUCUCAGAGACCUGGAGAAGUUGGCCAAAGAAGAAUGAUCUAAAAUUCCAGCAGAGCAUUGUACGAAACUCAUAUAUGGAUUAGGGCUGUCAAAAUUAUCGCGUUAACGGGCGUAAUUAUUUUUUUUUAAUUAAUCACGUUGAAAUAUCUGAUGCAAUUAACGCUCGUGCCCCGCUUAAACAGAUUAAAAUGACAGCAGUGUAAUGUCCGCUUGUCACUUGUUUUUUGUUGUUUGGCGCCCUCUGCUGGCGCUUGGGUCCAAAUGAUUUUAUGGGUUUGUGGAGUGAGCAUGGUGUAAUAAUUGACAUCAACAAUGGCGAGCUACUAGUUAAUUUUUGAUUGGAAAUUUUACAAAUUUUUAUUAAACAAAAACAUUAAGAGGGGUUUUAAUAUCAAAUUUCCAUAACUUGUACUAACAUUUAUCUUUUAAAAACUAGAAGUUUUUCUAUUCUUGGAUCGCUUUAAGAGAAUGUUAAUAAUGUUAAUGCCAUCUUGUUGAUUUAUUGUUAUAAUAAACAAAUACAGUACUGUACCGUAUGUUGAAUGUAUAUAUCCGUAUAUAUCUUUUCAUUCCAACAAUAAUUUACAGAAAAAUAUGGCAUAUUUUAUAGGUUUCAAUUGCGAUUAAUUACGAUGAAUUAAUUUUUAAGCUGUAAUUAACUCGAUUAAAAAUUUUAAUCUAGUAAAAUGAUAAUGAUUUAUUUUUUUUCCCAGUGUCUUUUGUGUUUUUUCAUUGCAAGCAAAAUAAAUGAAGAUAUUACUAUUAAAGCAUUUGCAAUCAUUUUCUCGGAGAAAUCGAGCUUUAUCCGACAGAGUUGCAUGGGUGCCAAUACUUUUGGCCAGCAGUGUAGCUUGAUGUACAGAUGUUAGAGAACUUGAGAAUUUUCCUCUUCAAAGCCAAAAAAAGUCUGAGCUCGAACUAUCAUCCUGUAUGACAUCACAGAAAUUUUGGAGUUACCCAUAUGAGCUCAUUUUUAGCCCGAUCAAAGCCAUCAAACACAUUGCUUUUUUUCCACUGACAUCAAUUUUUAGUUCUAGGACUAGAAGAAAUAAUCAAGAAAAGCAAACAUGGUCGUGUACGAGAAGAAACGUUAAUUAAGCGGAAGUGCGUUCCAUGUUGUGUUCAUGCCUCAUCAUCAAAGUAAAGGCAGCGGAUUGAUGGGAAAUUCCUCGGCCUCCUUCAUGGGGACCUUUUUGGCUAGCAGUCUGGGCUCUCCCCCUUCCCACCCGUCACACCAUUCCCGGCCGCCUUCCUCGCCUUCCUCGCCCUCCUUCCGGGGCGGACCCCAUGCCAGCGCGUCGCAAAUCUGGUUCUCUCAUUCGCAUGAAGCCGCUGCAGGGUAUCCCCGGUUCUCAGGGAGUUUGGCCCACACUUUUCUUCCCAUGAGCCACUUGGAUCACCACGCCAAUAGCGGAGUUCUCUAUGGUCAGCACCGUUUCUACGACACUCAAAAAGAGAACUUCUACAUUCGAGGCCUCCCAUCACAGCCACCUCUCAUCUCAACUAAUCACAGUCUGCCACCAAUGACGAGGGCGGGCUCGACUCUCCCCCAGGGGCCUUGCAGCAGAGAAAGAGAUCCAGGCGGUGGAACCAGCCUGCUGAAGAGUCUUAAAGAAGGAACUGUGGAAAGGGGUGUGGGACCUGUCAAAGACAAGGAGAGGUCAAAUAGCAAACAGGAGGCAAAGGAAAGGCAACAACAACAGCAACAUCAACAACAACAGCAGCACCACAGCCACCAGACCGGCCAGCCCACGCACCACCAUCACCACCAUUCCCACACGCAUCAGCAACACCCACACUAUCCACAACACCCACUGCCCUUGGAGGAGAUCAACAGCCGGGCCUUGGAGAGGCACAAGGCAUCGCUACCAAUGGAAUACAAUAAGGAUCCACAAAUGAUGGGCAAGCCCUUGAGCGCUUGCUUGCACAAUGGCAAGAUGCAAAAUGGAGAGACGGGAAAUGUGGGCGGGCCCAAGACAUCGAUGUCCACUUGCGGAGGGGAGGGCGCGGCCCUCGGAACUAUCGGCGGUGCAGGGAACGGUCACGGCCGACAUUUGGGCUCGGGCGGAAAUAGCCGCUGCACCAAAGAGGGGAUCAGUGGAGAGAUGCGCAUCAGUGAGCAACCCUCAGAUUGCUUAGAAAGGGGCCAGGCACCACUACAUCACUCCUUGUCUUACCCCGUACCCCCGCCCUUACAGUUGGCAUCUUCUGGAGGGACACACCCCCAUCCACAUCCACACACUCACCCCCAUACGCACGCACACCCAGGAGGCUUUCACUGCCUUCAACUUCACCCGAGCCAUCCGCACCAUCCGCAUCCUUCCCACCAUGCUCACCACCACCCGGAAUUCUUUUGCCCGCCCCCUCCCGCCCCGCUAGGUAACACUGCCUCGCAAGCAAACGCAGGGCGUGAAGCUAAAAUCACCGGGCCUACCUUUGUGCCAUCUGUGGCGGACGCAGGGGAUAAACACGGCGGGCCGUUCCAGCUCGGCAACUCCGACUGCCAGAUUAUAGGCAACGGAGGUGGAAAUACUAAGGACAAAAAUAUGGACAAAAAUGGAAGUGGCGGACACCACAGUAGUUGGCAUAGAAAACAACAACAGCAGCAGCAACAGCAACAACACGCAUACAGAAAGUCAGAAAAGGCUCCGGACUGGAUGCAAUCGCACCACCAUCAUCUCCAAGCCUCCCAGCUUCCUCCACCUAUUCAGCAACAACAACAAGCACCUCCACAACCCCAGAAGCAGCACCAGGUUGCACGUUCACGCAGUGUUGAGUGUGUCAACAGUGCUGUCGACAUGGACAUGUUCAGACCCUCUUUGCCCCAGGGACCGAAGAGCGGACACUCUGUCCCACAUUCUGUCAACACUUCUCCUUACAGAGACUGUUCUCAUCCAGGACCCCCACCAAAUUCCUCCCCUCUGGGAAACAAAAACAUGAGUCAGCACAGUGGCCCUGGCGGUAGCUGCUCCUUACAGAGAGACGGGCAAAAAGUAGCCAGGAUUCGCCACCAGCAGCACGGACGACCCGGCACGGAUGCUAUUUCUCCGGGCGAGCUAAACCAGGAGAUGAAACGAAAAAUGGACAUGUCCGCUUACGCUUACAACGGAGGGCAGCAGCAGCAGCACCACCAGCAGCAGCAGCAACAGCCUCCAGUGCCGCAGUGGGCUAUGAGACCCCCUCAGCACAUGCCACACAAUGAGGAAGAACAGAGAAAGUCCUACAUGGAGUUAGGAAGCAGUACUAUGCAACAUUCACAGCAACAGCAGCAAAGAAUGAAUCCGCUUCCUCAGCCAGCGCCUGCACCUCCUGUCAGUCGGCAACAGCCGCAACAACAACAACAAUCUGAGCCUCAGGGCUCAACUCGAGGGGAGAGCAGUGCCAUGAAAAGCUUACUCAAGUAUAGCAAUCAGCAACAGCCUCAGCUCCUCUCUCAGAAGACCCCCUUUGGCGGUCUGGGAAGCCUGAAAUCAGGGCCCGCCGGGGGAAGCUGCGCCCUUCAGAUUAACAAGCAGACUACUCUACCCACAAGAAAGGGUCCCGUUAAUGACAACGAGCGUCCCGAUUACAGCGGACGACAUCGGGAUAUCGGCGAAGCGGGUCACGGGGAAGGCGAGGUGCGGCAGCCGCCGGUCGGAAUCGCCGUGGCAGUGGCCCGACAACGGGAACCGUCGUGUCGCUCGUCGGACGCUCAUUCUGCCGGCAGACACGGCAGGGUGCAUCCCACCGUUAAAGGACCAGCCCACAGCAUGUAUCCCUCAGAUCCCGCUACUGAGCAAGAGAGGAAAAUGAUGAGCGGGGAACAGUUAGGUCUGACGUGUUUGGACAGGGACCGAGACGCAUAUAUCAGAGAUAAUAAGGAGAGGGUGGAGUUUUCAAGGAUUCAUCCCUCCAGCAGCUGUCACGGGGACCUGACUUCUCAUCUUAUGGUCCCUGGCGGGACUUCCCUCCAAUCUGGCCAAUUAGCAGACCCUGCUGCACAUUCUGCUCACCAUCACUGGAUGCCAAGAACUGGAAGCCCGUCCCUUUGGAUGACAGGGCACUCUUAUGCUGGUAUAGGUCAUACGGCCCUGCACCAGAACCUUCCUCCCGGUUUCUCCGCCGCCAUGCCAGGGCCCCUCCAACCGGUCCUGCCCCUGCCUCAAGAUCCUUCCGCCCAGUUGGUGGUCCUGCCCACGGACGCCCCUAACCAUCCUGCACCCCACCACCUUGAUGUGAUGGAACAGCCGGGGCUUUGGCCCCCAGUGUACGGCGCCCGGGGCCCAGCCUCCCACAUGCAGCAUCCUGGCGUGUACUCUCGAUCCCAGUUUCUACGGCAACAGGAGCUGUACGCGCUUCAGCAGCAUCAGCAGCUCCAGCACCAAAGCCACCAACCACAGCAAACGCACGCACAGCCUCAUCAAGCCCAGCAGCAGCAGCAGCAGCAGCAGCAGCAGCAACAACAACAGCACAAAUCUGUGCACGGCUUGGAUAUGCAACACCAAGCCCUUCACAAUUCACAGAUGCAGAAAAGGACAGAUGAAGCGACCGUUGACUUGGAGGAACUCCUCCCCAAACAAAGGCCAUCUAAAGCAUCUAAGCCCUAUUCUUACAACCCCCCUCAAAGGAACACUUCGCCCGCCGGAGCCUGCGCCGCUCACUUAUCCCCUUGUUGCCAGUCCCCUUCCAUGCGUCCGCAUCCCAAAAGCACCCCUUCCACACCUUGCCCCGCCCCCAGCCCCGCCGUCACGGCCCCCCACUCGCCGACAAUUAGCCCGGCCCCGUCCCAGAUGCCCAAAGGGGCCGACCCCCAGGAUAAGCGAGGGGAAGGCCAGCCUCCGCAAGAUUACCCGCAAUCUUUGGAGCCUGACCUGCCUCCUGGAUACACCUAUUCUGCUGUCACAAUGGGCUACAGGAACGGGCCAUCUCCGCAGGAUAUUCAGCUGGCGGAGCCGGCCGACCUGGAAGCCAUCCAAUCCGAGCCCUCCGAGCACACUCCUCGGUCUCUCGCCGGCCUGGGCGAGGGGCUGGAAUGCCGAGCGGUGGUCACGCCUCUCCCCGAGCCGCUCGCGCCCAAGGAAUUGGAGCAGGCUGACCAGGGGAGCAUCAUCGAGGGAGUCCUGGACCAGAGGGAGGAGGCGGAGGCAGCGGUGGUGACCGUAGCCAACUAUGGCUCCGGGGAUAACGAGGUGGAGGAGCAAGGGCCCGCAGAGGAAGAGGUUCUCGUCUGCCCCCAGGUUGACAGUCCGGUGUGCGAGGCCGCUUCUUGUCCGGUGCCCCUUUGCGCGGAUCAACCCGAAAGAUCGGAUGCUGUCAUCACCCUGGACGAUGAUGAUGAGCCUAUGGUUCAGGAGAGCCAGGUGGAGCAUGUUAUGCCAGAAGAGCAGAAGCCGGUACCGGACACCUUGGAACUGAACCCCGGAAUCCCCGCAGCCGUUGAGGAGCAACUCGCAUUUCCGGAAGAUGUAAAGGAAGGCAACAAGCUAGCCGCUGACAGCGCCUCGUCGGAUACGGCACAUCUUUCCCCUGACGCGUCGUCCGUCCCUAGCCCGAGCCUAGCGACCGCCACGGAAUCCCAGAAACUUACCGUGCCCUGCUACUGGAGCCUGGAGCUGCUCAUUGCCGCGGCUUUCUGCACAGACGUGCCGCCGUUUCCCUUGCUACCUUUAAAUGCACCGUCAGUCCCCCCGACGCAGCCCAACCCGUGCCAGGGAAUGGAGCUUCUCAGUGAGGUGGCUGACCUGGAGCUACAACAGAAAAGGCACCGCAGUGGGGAAAGUCAAGAGGAAGAGUCGCUGAUGUUUGACCUCCACAGCCUCGCCACUCUGGCGACCGCCCGAUCGCUGGAAACAAGUUCACAGAAAGACAACGCCGUUUGUCCCGACCGUCAGUUUCCAGUCCGCAAAACCUUCAACUUGCGUCGAAAAUGCAGCUGGACGCCCCGAAACGAACCGGUGUGCCAAGCUAAAGGCAGUAUGGAAACAAUGGACGGUCCCGAGCUGGAGAUGCGCGUCAAGUUGGCCGAGCUUCAGCGCCACUACAAAGAGAAGCAGAGGGAGCUAGUGAAGCUACAAAGGAGGCACGAUCACCAAAAAGAGGAAACGCCACGGAGCCCGGCACGAAGGGGGCCGGGACGACCCAGGAAGAAGAAGCAGCCCAUCCUGGCCGCCGGCUCGGUGUCAUCAGAAUGCCAAAGAAAAGUCAAGCCGAUGGUGGCGGGGCAUUCCCUGACGCCCGAGGAGCUCGGAGGGGGAGGAGACGGCCAAAGAAGGAAGAAGAGGCCGUCCAGUCGAGGCUUGGAGCACCUUGGCAACACCCAGAUAAAAGCGCAAGUUUGCAGGAAAAGUACUCCUCAAGGCGUCCCGGUUUCGAAGCUACCCUCCGACGUAGCGCAGCUCAAACACAAGAGCCAAGGUAAAAAGAUUCUCUCAGGGAUGCGCCACAGGGACGAGGAGGUUUCGCCGAGCAACUCGAAGCACGGACACGGAAGCCAGGCCGGCAGGCGAGACAGCGAUACAGCAGGUAGCGUGGACAGCGGCCCCCAAGAGAGUUGGGCCGGAGACGCGCACCGCAAAGCUAAAAAAGGGACACGCGAGUCCGCUCAUCACAGCAAGACGGCGGCGAGGGCUCACCGCGGACAGAGACGGGAGUCACUGGGAGACAGUUCCAAUCUUGAGAGUGAUUCCUCGGAUCAAGCAGAAGAGGAAGAGGAAGGCAGUAAUGAUAGCGACGAAGGUCAAGACCUCCGAGCCCACCCGGCAAAAGACGUGAGCUCCAGCUCUUCCGUGACGGGCCCCAGUCCUUCGUCAAUCGUGAAACUAGAGGCCAAUCAAAAAGCCAGGAACAAAAAACAGAGACAGGAGCUUUACGGCUCCCAUAGCCUUUCUGGCGCAGAAGGCGAGGUCAAAGUACGAAAGAAGAACCCCCGUCGGCCCGGCGCUGUCAAAAGCCGCCGCGAAGACCGUGGCGCAGAGGGGCUCAAGAGACCGCGCGCGCCAAGGUACAAGGAACCUCGAUGGGGAAGCAACAGAAACAACCGAUUCCGAUGGAGCGCGGGGAUGCCCAACUUUCCGACAACGAGCGAGAGGUUGAAGAGGGCCACGCGUAAAAACACCAUGUUGAGGGGAACAUAUAACAAGACUAAAGGUCGAGCCGUUAGUCGUCUUCUAGAAAGCUUCGCGGCAGACGAGGGCUUUCAGAUGGAUGGCAGCAGCUUCUCGGAAGAGGAGGAGGACGACAAAAGUGAUUCGUGCAGCAAGAACCCUGAAGUCCCGAAUUGUGUCUUGACCAAAGAACUCUUAGCGGAUGGACUGAAGAUCCUGGUCUCGAAGGAAGAUGAGCUACUAUACGCUGCCAAGAUCCACACCAUGGAUUUCCCAGAUAUAUAUAGUGUCACCAUUGAUGGGGAAAGAGGAAACCGUGCAAAAAUCUAUUCACUGGAGCAGUUGCUUCGGGAAGCUGUCCUGGACGUACGUCCCGAGUCGGAGGCUAUGCUAAAAGACGGAACCCGGGUGUGCGCUUAUUGGAGCGAACGCUCACGGUGCUUGUACCCUGGCUAUGUUCGUAGAGGACUUGCAACUGAUGAGACGAAGCCAGGGGUAAUGGUAGAGUUUGACGACGGAGACAGGGGGAAGAUUUCUGUACCAAACAUCCGCCUGCUUCCGCCAGGAUAUCAAAUACACUGUGAGGAGACAUCUCCCGCUAUGUUUGUACCCACUGGAAGUCAGCUCAACAAAGCCACGAGUUUCAAUCAUGCACUCAACUCUAUCAAUCCUGACAAAACCAACCAACCAUUAACUCUUACAAAACGAAGACCAGGGCGACCAAAAGGAUCUGGAAAAAAGCAAAAGCAACAACAGCUGGCUGAAAACACCAAUAAAAAUUCUUCCCCAUUUUUGGCGUGGCCUUCAUUGAUCGGCGCCAGGAAGAGGACACCUCACAAUCUAUUCCAGCUCAACGGGACGCCGAAAAAGGCAGCGAAAUUGAGGGAAGACGACUCAUUUGCCUUAGCUCGGAUCCAACCGCUUGCUUCCACCCAAUCCAAAGGGCUUUUCAGCAGUAGCUCCUUUGAGGUGGACUCCUUUAGUAGCAUUGCAAACGGCUACUCCUCCUUCUGUACUAAGUCCACGGGAUCGCGUCCGGAUUUGUCCGUCGCUCCUAAAAGUGGGCUUUGCGGACAGAGACGAAGACAAGACGAGUCGGUGGUAUCGAGGAGCAAAAAGUCGGGACAAGAGUUUCUGGUCAAGUUGGAUCACGAAGGAGUGACAUCCCCAAAGACCAAGAACAGCAAAGCUCUAUUGCUGAGAGGCGGCUCCAGUGUUAUACCCAAGACGGAAGCUUAUUCCCAUCCGGUCCUUCUUGUGAAAGACAACAAAAAGGCUGACAACUCCAGGGUGGAACUUCUACUGAAAGGAAGCGCACCGCAAAGAAAGCUUUCCCCAUCAUUGCAUCCUGGAGAUUACGCAGACUUGGGCUUCAGUUCGCACCGAGUCUGUCAUAGCUCCUACUCUGAUCUGGAUGACGAAGAGGACGAAGAGCAAGAGAGGAAAAGAGCUGCGAUUUCGUUAGCUUCGGGGGGUCUGAGGACAGCCGGCCAUUUCCUCUCUCAUCUCUCCGCUUCGUCCUCGUCCUCCGGUUCGUCCAGUUCCUCUUCCUCCGGCUCAAUAUCGAGCUCAAGCCUGUGUUCCUCUGACAACGACUCCUCCUACAGCUCAGAAGAUGAGGAAAGUUCUUCGCUAAUGUUGCAGAAUUGUAUGUCUUCUCACCGAGGACUACUGCGACCCGGAGAUGCUUCCACUUCCUCACGGCAACAUUCGUAUGUGGCUAAAGCCUUGGCUGUUAACAAUACCAAAGGACUGCCUAACCAGCACGUCUCCAACAGUAAAUCUCUAAAGAGGAAAGAGUGCAGCGCUUCCAUUUCCAAAUCAUCCAGAGAAUUUGCGAAGAAACCCAGAAUGCUGCCGGAUGGCGUCUCGUAUAUUCCGAGACCCAAGAUGUCCACAUUCCUUGCGGGACGCCAGACGUGGAGGUGGUCUGGCAGCCCUACGCAGAGGCGAGGUUUAAAAGGUAAGGCCAAGAAACUGUUCUACAAGGCCAUCGUGAGGGGAAAAGAAGCAGUGAAAGUGGGGGACUGUGCCGUGUUCCUAUCCGCCGGACGCCCUAACCUACCGUACGUUGGUAAAAUCGAAAACUUUUGGGAGUCUUGGACCUCUAGCAUGGUGGUCAAAGUCAAGUGGUUCUACCACCCUGAAGAGACCAAGCAAGGGAAGAGACUGCGAGAUGGCAAGCACGCCCUGUACCAGUCAUGUCACGAGGACGAAAACGAUGUCCAGACAAUCUCGCACAAGUGCCGGGUGGUGAGUCGGGAGGAAUACGAGAGUCUGACGUGCAAUCAGAAGCCCGCCGGUAUUUCUCCGGACCUCUAUUACCUGGCCGGGACAUACGACCCCACCACUGGUCAGCUGGUCACCGCUGAAGGGGUUUCCAUCCUAUGUUGAAACUACUGCAUUCCUCUUACGGAAAUAUCAAAGUGGAAUUUUUUUUUUUACCCUACGGCUGUCUUGAGAUGACACACUGGAGACCUUUGGCGUCCGUGGAACCUAUCGGCUGAACUCUCGCGACGGUUUGACGGAAGCGGCAACGCUCUCAAAGGACCAAUUUGAUGGAAGACUUUGGGGAUUUCCGCCGAGCCUCCUCAUUCCAGGGAACAUUGAAAACGUGUAAAGUUAUGUCUGUAAAUAUUUUUAAACGGAUCCAAAUCAAGCCAUACACUUGAGUACCUCUCGCCUGUACCGAUUGUACAGAUGGAUUAUUGUAUUGUUGUCCCUUGUCCAUAUGUACAUAAAAGCUAUUUUAUACAGGAUUCUAUUGUACAUACAAGAUGUAUCUUUCCAUGUUUGCAAUUGAUUUAUUUUUAUAUGUGUAUAGAUUUUUUUCUUUUUUUCCCUUCCUUUGCUUUGGGAAUUGGUGAUUGAAGAUGUUAGCGUUGCACUGCGUAUACGUACCCUGCUGAGAUAGAAAGGGACAGCACAGACCAAGAAAGGAUUCGAUGGCGAACAGGGCAAGACUCGCUCUCUGAGAGAUUUGGAGUCAUCCUGUUUUAAAAAAAAAAAAAAAGGUCAAGUGGCUUUUUUCUAUUAUUUUUGGAUGAAUUUUAUUAUUUAACUCAACUGGUUUAUGUACAACCCCUAGUAAAAAGUAUGGAAUCACCAGUCUCGGAUGAGCACUCACUCAUACAUUUUAUCAUGCAGAACAAACUCAUAAAAAGCUUGAAAAAAUGAGUUCAAAAGUGCAACUCUUUUGCAUUCAAAAACACUAAAAGAAAUGAAUAAAAAACAUUGUGGUGGUCAGUAAAUGUUACUUUCAUAGAGCAAGUGCAGGGAAAUAUACCCUCAUUUUCACACUAUAAGCCGCCACCCACCAAAUUUGGCAUGAAAACGGCAUUUGUUCAUAGAUAAGCUGCACUGGACUAUAAGCCGCAGCUGUCCUGUAUUAUGUAUUAUUGGAUAUUUACACAUUAAAGAUAUUAACCAGUAAUACUUUAUUUGACAGCGGCAUCAUACGACUGUUAUAAGACCAAAUGAACCACCAUGAAGCUUUGAACCAAUUGCAUGCAAAGCUUCAUUGCUUCAAGAAGCUUCAUUUGGCCAUCACUGCUCCUUUGAGGGGAGGGACAGUCAACCUCUGCUGCCACCUGCUGUCAACACUGUUGAUGUCCAACAUGCCUCCUAGCAUGCAUAGCAGCACUACAGAUGUAAAUAACAAUCAAAAUUGAUGUUCAGUGCUAAUUAUUUCUUUGGUUACUGUUCCAUUUGUUUCAUUAAUUGCUAGUUAUGGUAUUUGGUAACACUUCAUUUGAAUCAUAAUUAUGACAUGACACUGUCAUGAGCAUUUAUGAAUGUAUAUAACAGAUGUCAUUUAGUGUUAUCUGGCAAAUUAUCUCUUUUGAAUGAGAUGUGAAAUAUCCACGAUGGACAUAAAUGGAGUUAGUGACAUAAUUUGCCGGAUGACACUUAAUAACAUAAGCAUUUCGUAAUGCCCAUGAUAGUAGUAUGUCAUUAUGACAGUGUUAUGACAACUAUUGGUGUGCAAAAUUUCCGCUUCUUAGAUUAUUCGCGAUUCGGCCGUGGAAGAUUCGAGAACGAUUCACAAACAUCCAAAUUCCGAUUAUUGAAAUAUGCCAAGUAAAGCGGAAGUAAACAACACUCAGCGCGCCGCGCGGUCUUCGGGACGGAACGGAGCGAGAGUAGCUAAACAUCAUGCUUCCCAUACCCGGCCCCUCGGGUAAUGCCAAUGCUCAACUCACGGCUCUAGCUCAACUCAUGCAACGAGAUAAAAAAACACAACAACAUACCUGACUGCUGCCGAAAAGCUGCUCCAAAGUACAUCCAUAUGUUACGGUGGAUAUCAUUUAUAUAGGACUAGAUGCAAUAUAGAUUUGGUAGUGUUAGCAGCACAUCUACAAAAAGCUAGAUGCGGGCGUUAUAAACGGCCGCCAUCUUAGAGCAGUACACUUCGCUGCAAGGCUGUUGUAGCGAACCUUCCAAGCAAACCUGAUUAACUUUUUAUCUGAAAUACUCCUAAAUCGGUAAAAUAUUGACUUGAAUCUAUCUUUAAAAUAGUUUUUAAACUUUCACAUGUCGAAAGUAGACAAAAGAGAAAUUCUGGAAUAACGGGAGCAAUUUUAACAAAUUUAAUGGUUGAUUCACAACAUUAAAUUAAUUGAAUGUAGUUUAAAGCUGCUGAUACAGAAUGGGGACUGGAGUUUUUUAUUUAUUAUUUUUAUAUAUUUGUUUACUGCUAUAUGUUAACUUGAUACUGAAAUAGUAGUGUGGUUUAGCCUGACAGUAUUUUUGAACAAUUCUGGAACUAAUGUACAAAACAUAAAAAAAAAAAAAAAAAAUUUUUAAAGGAGGGGGGUGCAUCAAUAAUCGUUUUAUAAUCGAAUCGGGGCCUCUGAAUCGUAAUCGUAAUCGAAUCGUUAGGUGCCCAAAGAUUCCCAGCUCUAAUGACAACGCUGUCAAAUAGUUACCUAUUAACCCAAAUCAAUCAUCAAAUAAGCCGCAGGAUUCAAAAUGAAGGAAAAAAGUAGUGGCUUACAGUCCGAAAAUCACGGUAUAUGGAAUCAUGAGAAACAAAUAACAAAACACAUCUCUAGUAUUUAGUAGCACCGUCAUCACCUUGUCCAAUGCAGAUUCUUGACUCUUGACAAGGUGAUGGUGCUGGAACUUUUGUUUGGUGAUGUUCCAGUGCGGUUUACAAAGAUGACUGCCUCAAGAAAACAUCAAAAUUCCCUCAGUCCUCGAUGAUAUGGGGCUGCAUAUCAGGCAAAGGCACUGGGGAGAUGACUGUGGUUAAAUCUUCAUCAAUUUGGUGCCAACUCUCUUUGAUUGCAGUUGCCAGAUCAUCGUUGCGGGUCGGAGCCUUGCUGUGGACCAUUUUUUUCAAUAUCCACCACAGGUUUUUUUUUUUUUUUUUUUUUUUUUUUUUUUAAAAUAGGGUUGAGAUCUGGGCUAUUUGCAGGCCAUGACAUUGAUUGGAUGAGUCUUUCUCCAAGGAAUGCUUUAACAGUUUUAGCUCUGUGGCAUGAUGCAUUGUCAUCUUGGAAAAUUGACGGGAUAAGAAAGCUGUCUAAAAUUUCAAUGUAAACCUGUGCAUUUGCUGAAAAUUUAACCACAGCCAUCUCCCAUAAAGCAUAAAGCAUAAAGAACAUGCUAACAAGUUUACCAAACCAUCAGUGUCACUCCAAAACACCAAAAUAACAUGUGAAAUGAUGUCAUAAUGUGUUAAUAAUUUCACACAAAAGUCUCUCCUGAGUAGAAGUCGCACCCCCAGCCAAAAUAUGAAAAAAAACGCGACUUACAGUCCAAAAAAUACGGUAAUUUAUGAGACAAUAUAUCGCCUACUAAAGUUUGUUAUUACGACAGGCCUAACUAACUCAUUAUUUUUUUCAAGCAUUUUAUUUGAGUUUGUUCUACAUGAUAAAAUGUCUGAAUGAGUGCUCUUCCGAGACUUUUGAUUCCGUACUUUUUGCUAGGAGUUGUAGCAGAUCCCAGCGGACUGCAAUCACACAAAAGAUGACAUUUGUGUCACUGCUAAUCACGUCUAUACAAAAUCAUUUCGCGUGCUACAUUUCUAAAACAUACCAAAGUGGCUUUAAUCUCUUUUAUUUGAAACGAACAAACUAUUGAAUUGGAACGACGGCUGCUUGCCAGGGAGCGUGAACGUCCCAGGUACUGACAAAAUGAGACUGAGCAUUCAAAAGUUGUUUUUUUUUUUGUUCCCCCAGUUUGAAUACAGUACGCGCACAUACUCGCUCCUAACUGUGAAGGACAAUCAGAUUCACAAAGCAAUGGACUUAAAUUGGUUCAAUCUGAAAAUGACGUUUAAUUUGUGCCAAGUAUCUUUUGUUUUUAUAUGCAAUCCUGACACUUAAAAGUUUAUUUUGGUCGCCAACACUUUAUUUAUUUUCACGUCAACGUUGCUGUUUGAAAGCAAAGAGUGCUUUAUGAGAAUGUGACAUUGUUUUUUUCAAAGUCGGUGUGAUGUCGCGUUUUUUGAAUAAAAGCUGUUCCUCUAGAGGCCAAAAGAAAUAAAAACACUGGAUUGUUCUCGUCCAAAAGCGUCUGUGAAUUGAGUCUUAUUAUUUUGGCUGCACUUAAGUUGAGGUUACCCGGAUUCAUUUGGAGAAGGCUUAUCAGACGCAAAUAUUUUCGCCUGCCAAAUUUUAUUUGUCGUGGCAAGUCUUUCUGUGUGUCUCAGGCUUGAGUUAAGUUUGCGCUAGCAGAGUUCCAUGGUAAAUAGACAGAUCUGUCACAGCAUCAGAUAAAGCCUUCUGGCUUUAACUGCCAAGCUCUGUAAAUACAACGCCGACUGAUUUGGAGAUACAGUAGAUGCGCCUUCUCGUCACAAGUAUGACUUGCGAUGUUACUAGCUAGCACCACUGAGAUGUACCAAUAGUAGGCUUUUCAGAGAGGCCAGGUUCAGCAACUACAGUCCCUGACAAAAGUCUUGUCGCUUAUCCAUUUUGUAGAACCAAUUGCUAAUAACCUGACUUUUGGUAAACUCAUAGUCUGAGGUUACAUCUAAUAUGCGGGUGUGCGAGAGAUCUGCAGGGUGGAAGGCAACAUAAAUAGUCUGAAAUAUCAA